AUUUCUCGGCACUCAUAUCUGUUCUAGUUAGCUAGCUUAGUUUCUUUUCAGCCAAUAUUCAAAUGGAUACGCAAGAAGUUCCCUUGCUGAGCAUCACGGCCGAGCCGGAGCUUGAUUAUGCUCCGGUGAAGACCUUCAGUGAGGGCAUGUCUAUUUGCUGGAAGGAGGCCGUGAAGCUGUGGAAAGUUGCAGCUCCGGUGGCUUUUACGACUCUGUUUCAGUACUUGAUCCAGUCCAUCACCACCAUCUUCGUCGGUCAUCUCGGAGAUCUUCAGCUCUCUGCUAUUUCCCUUGCUCAUAACGUCAUCAACGCUAUUGCCUUCGGAUUCCUGAUGGGUAUGGCAAAUGCACUUGGAACUCUUUGUGGCCAAGCAUAUGGUGCAGGCCAGUUUGAUUCACUUGGUAUUUAUAUGCAGCGCUCCAGCAUUAUCCUAUGGAUCACUUGUAUGCUCCUUUCGUUGCUUUACAUUUUUGCUACUCCAUUCCUAAAGAUAUUAGGCCAACAAGACAUUAUAGCCGAGUUUGCCGGAAAAUAUUCUCUGUUAAUAAUCCCUCAGAUGUUCUCCUUCCCUAUCAAUUUGCCCACCCAAAAGUUUCUUCAGGCUCAGAGCAAGGUGGGGAUCAUCACAUGGAUCUCCUUUGUGGCUCUAGUCACACACACAGGACUUCUUUAUCUUUUCGUAAGCGUACUCGGCUGGGGGGUGAAUGGUGCAGCUGUAGCUUAUAAUAUCACGUAUUGGGGAGUUGCAGUCGGUCAAUUUGUAUAUGCUGCAUUUUUUUGCAAGGAGGGUUGGAAUGGAUUUUCAUGGUUAGCAUUUAAAGACAUUUGGGCUUUUGCUUGGCUAUCCCUUUCUUCAUGUAUGAUGUUUUGCCUAGAGAUGUGGUACUUUAUGAGUCUGAACCUUCUUGCCGGUCAACUUGAAAAUGCCGUGAUUGCUCUUGGUUCCUUUUCUAUAUGCUUGAACUUUCAGAGCUGGGAAAUCAUGAUUUUGGCAGGAAUAAAUGCUGCUAUAAGCAUUCGAGUCUCGAAUGAACUAGGGAUGGGGCACCCAAGAGCUGCCAAAUACUCCAUCUGCGUUGCAGUCUUACAAUCACUCAUAGUUGGGACUGUAUCCAUGACUUUUAUCUUCAUAAGUAGAGACUAUAUUGCCAGUGUUUUCACAGACAGUGAAGUCAUCCAGCAAGCUGUUGCUCGUUUAGCAUACUUUGUUGGUGUAACCAUGCUUCUUAAUAGUGUUGCACAAGUUUUAACAGGUGUUGCGAUUGGCGGUGGAUGGCAAGUGAUGGUAGCUUAUAUAAAUUUGGCUGCUUAUUAUCUAUUUGGUCUUCCUUUUGCAGUCUUUCUUGGAUUCAAAGCAAAUUUGGGUCCAAUGGGACUAUAUGGUGGCAUUAUAUGUGGGUGUGCACUUCAGAUCUUAUUCCUAUUGAUUAUGACUUCCAGAAUCAACUGGGACAAUGAGGUCGAGCAAACAACCAAACGCAUAAAGAGAUGGGGGAGCAAGGAAAUUAAAACUGAGAAGACAGGCUCAUCUCCCAACACGCUUGAUCUGCCACACUCAUAUCUGUGUUUAAAUAACAAAGGGCAAGCGGAGCAGGCCAGCAGCCGAGCAGCUGAUAUCAACUUAUCAAGGCAGCCAGUUUAAGUAGGAUAAGUGGAGUUUAAGCAAGCUGUUUAAAUGUGUUAGUUAAUAAUUAGAAUAGUAGCUAGGAAAGGGAGUCAUGUACAUUGUAUUUAGUAACAGAUAUACUUACUGCAUCAAUUGGUUUAAAAAAAAACAUGUUCUGAUACGGUAUAUGUCUAAAUUUACCUUUUGGGACCUGUUAUUGUGAGACAGUUUGUAACACUAAAUGCAGCUAGCUCAAGUCAUCACCUUGUGAAUAUACUACAAAUUUCAUUACAGAAAUUAGCUUACUGCUUGGAGCUAGCAAAAGCUUCUGAUCUGCGC